AUUCGUGUUGACGUUUGUGCGCGCGCGCUUUUUUUGUUCAACCAGCUGUCCUUGUGCGUUUAUUUUUUCGGUUGCGAUCGUUUUUUUGUUGCGGUUAUUUUUUUGUCGGAAAAUUUUCGGUUCACGCGCGAUUUGGUCGCCCCUCGGCGUACGCCGCCGCGGUUUACAAUCUAAUUAGUGUGGCGAUAUUCUGUUUUUUUUUUUCGGUUGGAUUCUAACCUCCUUGUUGGUUUGGAGUUUUCGUUCAAUUUGGCGGAAGAAUUCCCCGCCAGGGAACCAUGUGAUCGCACCGAUCGCGUGAGCAAGAAUCGAAUCAAUCGAGAGCAAGUCGCUCGCGAUUCGUCGCGACAACAACAAUGGAUCGGGCAACCUUGGCCGGGAGGGGAUGGCCCAACAUUAAGGAUAACAACAGAAAGUGAAAACAAGCAACAAAAAAAAGUUUCCCGAAAUAGUGCAAAACAAAAUUGAGUGGCACGCGCUUUGCGCGGUCGGGAUUUAGAAAGUGAGUUUGCAGAAAGGUGGUGAAGUAAAAAUCGCUCGCCGCUGAUGGAAAUGGUGAUUGAAAAUGAAUCUCGAAGCUUUUAAUGAUCGCCAACAAUGAGAGAGGAUUAUUAGCAGCAGCAGAAGAAGCCAAUGGAAGCAAUCAACUGAAGAAAUCAAGCUCACAAAAGCACCACCAACGGUGGUGGAUGGCAAAUGGAUAAAGUGAAGUACCGAGAAGGAAAAGAGAAGGAGAGAAAAACAACUUGAAAGUGAUAAGUGUGUACGUUUAAUUUCUAUUGUUUUGCGGAAGAUUGAUUUGCAUAGGUGCGCGCUGAAUUUUGGAGGUUAAAAAUUGAAAGUGUUACACGCACGCAUACAAAUUUUCACAGCAAACCACGUGUGUGUGUGUGUGCCAAACGAGGCCGAGAGAUAGUAAAAGUGGAUUAAACUCACGGCAAGAGGAGCGCAGAAAAGAAAGGAAGGCAGAAAAAAAGUGAAUGUUUCAAGUGAGGGUGAAAAAUUACCGGUGUAAUUAAACACAAAGAGAGAAAAAAGUGAUUUUAAGAUCCGAGUUGUUUACGUGAAGCAUCGUGACACGAAAGAAAGAGAGAGGAUUACACACACACCCACACACACUUGCUGAUCGUGGCGCGUUCCGGAACUUGCCAGCCGAUCAACGGCUUGCAACUCGUGAUCGUCAAGAUGUGCCCCGCGUGACUAUGGACGCCAGAGAAAGGAUAUAACUACCAACUGUGAACCUAUUAAAAAAGCGUUUAUUGUCGUGAAUCCAUAGAACUAUUGCCAAACCACAAAGUUACCCACCCUCGCCAAACGUCUUCCCAGCACUGCCAACGGCCAAACCUAACCCUCGCGGCCCACUUUCUCCGUCCGGUCCCGGAAGUCUGGCACCGAAAGAUGAUCAUCGCAAGCCCGCCCCAGCAGCAGUAUCGUCGUUUCGUGGGACUUGCCAGCGCCGGCUGUGGCCGUACCACCGGGAACCAUCGCACCAAGAGGCGCACCUUUAGUCCGCAACACUGCUCGAAAGAAGACUCGCCCAAUGUCGAGGAAAUGGACUUGAACUAAGUGUGCCUUAGUGGGUCGGGUCGCCAUCGUCGAUGAUGCAACCUUCUGUGAUAUUUUUAAGGAUAACUUGCGAAUUACCAAUGGGUUAGGCAGCCGGAGAAACCCCCCCUUACUUUUCACUUUUUGGCUCAACUAUUCAAAAAUUCUACCGAAAUUGCUACCCUCACACCAAGUGCCUCGACGAAAUCGACGUAACCGCUGUGAAAACUCGAAUGUGUUCAAAUUAGGAGUAUUUAUUGGGAUUGCGAAAAAAAAACUCCUUCUAUUGAGGAAAACUAAGAAAGUGCUUCACCAAGAACUAGACUGAAGAACCGUGAACCGUGUUCAGUGAUACAAACGCAAGAGACUCUAUACAUUUUUUUUUUUGAUACAAAGUUUACCGGAACACCGGGACCUUUAGACGGGGUCACACAAACACAGCUUACGCUGGCUUUGGCAAGUUUACGGGGUGGCUCGGCCAUCGUGGCGAUGCCAUUCAUCGACGAAGACCUGCUAUGGUGUCCGGACAGUGAUGGCCAACGGCUGGUUGAUCUGCAGGCCUGUCUUCAGGAAACCAACGUAAUAAACCACCAAACGGACGCCACUGGAAAUGGCUGUGAUUUGAACAAUCUUGAAGAAUCGCUCUGCAACGACUCGGACGAGCUGCUGCGCCAGCUGUCCGAGAACACCUUCGAGCUCGAGCAGUUUUUUCAAGAUUUUCCCGCAACCGAGAUUAAAGUUGAGGAAAACAACAAUGAUCUCCAGCUGGACGAGGAAACGAGUGGUCAGAUCUUCCUGCAGAGCUGCACCCAGUUGCUGUCCUCGGCGGCGGCCGUUGCUGUCGCCAACUCGCAGCUCAAUGCCCUCGCCGCCGGGGACUGCGGUCUGGGUGGCAUCGGCAGCGUGGAUGGGCCCGCUGGUGGCCUCCUCAUGGGCGGUGGUGGAGGAGGAGGCGGCGCCAACAGUGCCGAAAGUCAGCUCCAAGAGCAGCUGCUUUUGGUGCAGGCCCAGGGCAUUCUGCAGCAGCAGCAGAACCGCUUCCAGCAGCUGGCCACCAACACGCUGCUGGCGGAGAAGCUGCUGCAGAACCAAACCACGCUGACCGCGCUCGACGGCAGUGGGACCACGGUCAUGACGACGGAAGUGCACGGGAACGGACGCGCCGGAAAGCCGCCCGACAUUGUGAUAAAAGGUAAAUUCAACGAGCUAAACAUGCUUCGUGAGCAACCAUCAACUUGUUCAAUAAUAAAGACUUACUCAAAAAUCUUUUAAUGAGGGUUCAUGUGGAAUGACAAAGCGUUCGGUAUUUUCAAAAAGGUUCACUAAUCUUUCCGAAUUAAAGUACGAAAUACUCAGUUGGACAAAAAAUCUGUCUGCACAAAAAGCACACGCUGAUAA